AUUCUAAAUGGCUAUGCAGUCAACUAAGUCCUUGUUCUUCUUACACCAAUCUCAUCCAACAAUGCCGAGCUUCGAAGAUAAAACCAUGUCCAUCGCCAGCCCCUAAGUUUUAUAUAGUUCAACCCCAUAGUAAACCCUGGUCGCAGAAGACAUAAAAGCCUAGGCGACUAAAACAAGCACAGAGCGUCUAUAACUAAUAGAGGUAGACCAGUCAAUAUACAUACCCAGCUAAUAAAGACACAUUACGGGCAAGCCGGCUUGCUAACCGAGAUGUCGAUCCCACUACCAUCAACCUCAUCCUUCUACUCAGCUAACGCUCCGAUGGCAAGUCUCUGGCCUGCCGGGAAGGGCGCCGCGGAAAACCCGCAACAUACGGGCGUUAGCUGCCAAUUUAUAACCUUCUAUCAUACAUGCGGGUGCAGAUCGAACAAAGACUCCGUUUACCUCUGUAGCACUGAUGCAUGCCAGCACACGAAAUCAACCGUGCUGUUAGGGGAGCUUCCAUUCGCAUGUGGAUCGUACCCGGGACGAUCAGCAGUGUGCAGUGUUGAAGACCCAGCUAAAAGGGAGUUUGUCAGAGAAGUAGACACAGCAGACAGACUCGAUAAGCUGUUGGUUCUCCCAGAUUGUACCAAGGCUGACAUUGAUAUUCUAAUACCGCGGUUUCAACAUCCAAAUUGGCAUGAACAUAUCUACAGGCACUACCAGCAAAUGCGAACCCAGAGCAGCAUCAUAUCUCGUCCACAACUUUCUCCAAGCAAUGAUCGGGAUGUCAAGAAAAGAGACGUCAACAUCGAAGAGGUUGUGCAAAGACUCCUAUAUAAAUACAAGGUACAAGAGGAGGAGUAUAGAGAAGACAUGGUGGAAAGAUUCGUAGAGGAACAGCAGCAGCGGCAGCUCAAUUACCAGCCAUCAGAAGAUACGUCAAUUUACCAAGAGGAAAAUACGAGGUUAAAUACUCCUUCAGUAAGUAGUCACCGGGGUAGCGUUGAUUACACCAAGAGCCUUGAGAACGACGAUCUAGAUAAUGCGAUUUACUAUGAUGAGAUCGCCGAUGCCGUCAUGUUCAACUUCGAAGACGAUACUGGGGGCUCUGUAUAUGGUCUCGAGAUAAGCUACGCUAACCAUUCAGCUGCAGUAGAAAGCGCAGAGGACAUGUAUUACGAGGAACAUCCCCAGAGCAGUUAUUAUCAGGACAUUGCCCCUGACUUGGAGACCCCUAAUACACCCAGGUAUUGCGACGACGGAUUCAGCGGUGCGGAUGAUAUUACGGAUGAUUUCAUUGAUUUCCUUGCCGAAAAAGAGAAAGAGAAGGAGGAGGAGAAGAAAAAGGAGGAGGAGGAGGAGAAAAGGCUCCAGGGGGGAAGCCCGGUGAUGAGAAAGAUUUGGUCGUACUUUAGAGGGUCCUCUUGACCCGAUAGAGUUCUUAGUUUAAAAGGGGCUAGUCAUCUGGAAUUCAUGGGGAUCUGGAGUUAUAGAGUCAUUGUAAUUGGAAAAGAAGAAGAAGAAAUGGUUUCAGUAGACGUAUU